GCAUGGCUCGUCAGAGGGAGGGCGGAGGAACGCCUGGCGAUAUAAAUAGGAAGCGAGAGAGCGCCGCGGGGAAACCUCCAGAGACGGCAGAGGGAAGGAGGGAGAAACGGAGGAGAGAGGAGGAGGAGAAAAGUGGGGCUGAGUGUGUCUGAAGGUCUCGCCCUAUCCCGGGAAGCCCGCCGCUUCUCCGGGCUGGAUUCCCGGAGCUGCUCGCCAUGCCUUGCCGCCUUUAGGUUCACUAUGGAGCACGGCAACUUCUACGAGGUGGAGCCGCAGCCGCCCUUCGUAUACCGAGAGGCCGGGGAGCUGGCCGACAUCUGCGAGAACGAGAACUCCAUCGACAUCAGCGCCUACAUCGAUCCGGCCGCCUUCAACGAUGAGUUUCUCGCCGAUCUCUUCCACAGCAACCACGGCCACUUGGCCAAAGUGGUCCAGGACAAGGGGAAGGGGGCCGGGGAGAUGGCAGCCGGGCACCCCUGCUUCGCGCACCGGGACAGUAAGCUGCAGCCGCUGUAUUGUCGCUCGGUGGUGGUGAAACAGGAACCGCCUGAUCAAAGCGAGGAGGGACGGAACCCGGCGCCGUGCGCCCACCUCCAGUAUCAGGUGGCCCACUGUGCCCAGACCAGCGUCCACCUGCCCGGGCAGCCGGGGCAACCCACCCCGCCACCCACCCCUGUUCCCAGCCCGUUGCCGGCGCAUAGGGCACCGCCGCCGGGCGCCAAGAGCAAGAAGUCAGUGGACAAGAACAGCUUGGAGUACCGGCUGAGGAGGGAGCGCAACAACAUCGCGGUGCGUAAGAGCCGCGACAAGGCCAAGCUGCGCAACGUGGAGACGCAGCACAAGGUGAUGGAGUUGGCAAGCGACAACGAGCGGCUCCGCAGCCGCGUCCAGGAGCUGAGCCGGGAGCUGGACACGCUCCGGGGGCUCUUCCGACAACUACCCGAGGCCGCCUUGGUGAAGGCCAUGGGAAGCUGCGCCUGAAGCCGUGCGGGCGCUCACCACUGUCUGGGCGGGGGAGCGCAGGGACUCACAACGCCCCGGGGCAGUGGCACCGGACACCCAGGCGGAGCAGAUGGAAGCGGGAUCCCUCGCUGCGCAGCCCCGGAACUGGACAGCGGGACACUGACAGUGCUCGGCGGAGUCAGAGACUUGCACAGCGCUGUGAUUUCUGCCGCCUGGGACCCCAGACUGAUAUUUAGCUUUGAUGUUUGUAGCUGUUGUGGUUCUCAGGCCGCCCGAGGGCCAUACUGGGGGUGGCGGUGACGGAACCGGAGUCAUUGCCCGCCGCUCCCCAUCCCAUCCCGAAGGCUUUUAUCUUUUUUUUUCAACUAAUUUGUACUGGGACCAUUGUAUGACGACUAUGCCUUUUACCUGAAAACGUUUAAUAAAUCAAAUGCUUGUAUUUAA